AUCCUGUUUGUGUGCCGCGUCAUUUCUUGCUGGCGGGAAGGUAGCGCGGGACAGAAGGGGCCAUCCACAGAGAGGAGAUAGUCUACAACCUCGACCCCCUAAAUAACCUAGGUCGGACUUUGGAGAUUCCUGGCAGCUCGGAUCCCAACAUGGUCCCUGACGGAGACUUCAGCAGCUUCGUCAGGGUUACAGCCUCUGAACCCUUGGAGACUCUGGGCUCUGAAGGAGCCUUGUCCCCAGGAGGCGUGGCCUCCCUCCUGAGGCUUCCCCGGGGCUGCGCGGAGCAAACCAUGGUCUAUUUGGCCCCUACCCUGACGGCUUCCAACUACCUGGACAGGACAGAACAGUGGAGUAAACUGUCCCCUGAGACAAAGGACCAUGCUGUGGAUCUGAUCCAGAAAGGCCACAUGAGGAUCCAGCAGUUUCGGAAGAAAGAUGGCUCCUUUGGGGCGUGGUUACACCGGGACAGCAGCACCUGGCUGACUGCCUUUGUGCUGAAGAUUCUGAGUUUGGCCCAGCAACAGGUGGGCGACUCCCCCGAGAAGCUGCAGGAGACAGCUACCUGGCUGCUGGCCCAGCAGCUGGGCGAUGGCUCCUUCCACGACCCAUGUCCAGUCAUCCAUAGAGGCAUGCAGGGGGGCUUGGUGGGGACCGACGAGACGGUGGCACUGACGGCCUUUGUGGUCAUUGCCCUUCACCACGGUCUGGAUGUCUUCCGGGACGAGAAUGCGAAGCAGCUGAAGAACAGAGUGGAAGCCUCCAUCACCAAGGCAAACUCGUUCUUGGGGCAGAAGGCAAGUGCCGGGCUCCUGGGUGCCCACGCCGCCGCCAUCACAGCCUAUGCCCUGACGCUGACCGAGGCCUCGGAGGACCUGCGGAAUGUUGCCCACAACAGCCUGAUGGCCAUGGCUCAGGAAACGGGGGAAAACCUCUACUGGGGCUUAGUCACUGGCUCUCAGGACAACGCUGUGUCGCCCCCAGCAAAACCCCUUAGCCCAACAGAACCUGUGCCCCAGGCCCCAGCCCUGUGGAUCGAAACCACAGCCUAUGCCCUGCUCCACCUGCUUCUGCGGGAGGGAAGGGGGAAAAAGGCUGACAAAGCUGCAUCCUGGCUCACCCACCAGGGAAGCUUCCACGGGGCAUUCCGCAGUACCCAGGACACUGUGGUCACCCUGGAGGCCCUGUCUGCCUACUGGAUCGCUUCACACACCACCGAGGAGAAAGCACUGAAUGUGACACUCAGCUCCAUGGGCCGCUAUGGGUUCAAGACCCAUGUGCUACACUUGAACAACCACCAAGUCAAAGGCCUGGAGGAAGAGCUGAAGUUCUCCCUGGGCAGCACAAUCAGUGUGAAAGUGGGAGGAAACAGCAAAGGCACCUUGAAGAUCCUUCGUACCUACAAUGUCCUGGACAUGAAGAACACCACGUGCCAGGACCUUCAGAUAGAAGUGACGGUCACAGGCUCUGUGGAAUAUACAAGGGAUGCCAUUGAAGACUACGAAGAGGACUAUGACAUGCCAGCUGCAGAUGACCCCAGCGUCCCCUCACAGCCUGUGACUCCCCUGCAGCUGUUUGAGGGUCGUCGGAGCCGCCGCAGGAGGGAGGCCCCCAAGGUGGCCGAAGAGCAGGAGUCCAGAGUUCAGUACACAGUGUGUAUCUGGCGCAGUGGCAAGCUGGGGCUGUCUGGCAUGGCCAUCGCAGACAUCACCCUCCUGAGUGGAUUCCACGCCCUGAGGGCUGACCUGGAGAAGCUGACCUCCCUCUCUGACCGUUACGUGAGUCACUUUGAGACUGACGGGCCCCAUGUCCUGUUGUACUUUGACUCGGUCCCAACCUCCCGGGAGUGUGUGGGCUUCGGAGCCUCGCAGGAGGUGGCCGUGGGACUGGUGCAGCCAGCCAGCGCUGUCCUGUAUGACUACUACAGCCCCGAUCACAAGUGUUCUGUGUUUUAUGCUGCACCCACCAAGAGUCAGCUCCUGUCCACCCUGUGCUCUGGAGAUGUCUGCCAGUGUGCUGAGGGGAAGUGUCCUCGACUGCUAAGGUCACUGGAGCGAGGGGUGGAGGACAAGGACGGUUACCGGAUGAGGUUCGCCUGCUAUCAUCCCCGAGUGGAGUAUGGGUUCACGGUUAAGGUUCUCCGAGAAGAUGGGAGAGCUGCCUUCCGCCUCUUUGAGACCAAGAUCACCCAAGUCCUGCAUUUCAGAAAGGACACCAUGGCCUCCAUAGGACAGACCCGCAACUUCCUAAGCAGGGCCUCUUGCCGCCUUCGUUUGGAGCCUAACAAAGAGUACUUGAUCAUGGGGCUGGACGGGGAAACCAGUGACAACAAGGGAGACCCCCAGUACUUGCUGGACUCAAACACCUGGAUUGAGGAAAUGCCUUCGGAACACCUGUGUAAGAGCACCCGCCAGCGGGCAGCCUGUACCCAGCUCAAGGACUUCCUGAGGGAGUACAGCAGCCGGGGGUGCCAGGUUUGAGGCCGUACGACUCUGGCUCCCUGAGCUCAGCCCAGGGUCAGGGCCUCUCUGGAUGAGGGGCUCUGCUCUACAGGGUAAAUAAAAGAAAAGCUUUGGACAGCCAA